AGUUUUCGUUCGUUCGAGGAGGAACAUUAAAGUAGACACUUAUUCACGCGGUCAUAAUAAACUUAAUAAGAACCAUAGUUCAAAUAUAUCAAUUUUUUUUUAUAGAUUUCGGUUAAAUACUUUAUAACGAACUUAAGCUACUAGCCCUUUAAUAAACGCAACUAAGUUAAUCCAAGUCGAAGCAUUUGAACGCAUUCGGACUUGAUAUUUACAAGUUGAACUGUCCCCGAAACGGAAUCCAGGAAGACGAAUGGGCAUAUUGCCAAGUUUAAUAAUAGUGUGACAAAGUUUCGUUUGCUGUAGUGUGUAUCAAUUCGUGGUUGUCAGUUCUGUUCCACUUUUGCACUGUAGCCAAUUGAAUCGAACUUUUCACAGAUAGUAACAUGAAACGUGCAUUAGGUCCAUUUACCUUGACAUAUGAACAUACAUGGAUGACCUGGUUGUUGAGAAGCUGGGCAAGGCUGUCAAUGGGAACAGAUUGCAAGAUUGCAAGAUACUGUGGGGAGAAUGGGACGAGUGGUGCCCCAUCACAGACGGACCUGCUCAAGCUGCUGGCAAGCGGCAGUGCUGGGGGACUUGGGGGGGCUCUUGGGGGUCUUGGGGGAGGCUUGGGGGGACUAGCAGCUGCUGCUCAGGCAAGACAGAAUGGCAGCAUGAUGAGGUCAUACGAAGCGUUAUUACAAGGCCCAUCUGCAGGACGGAUGGCACCCCAAGCGGUAACUCUUCCAGGUCCCACAAGAAGACGGAAGAAGAAGAGGCGUAGGCAACCAGACAUGCCUAAAAAGGCUUGCACACCUUUCAUGCAUUUCUGUGCUUAUUUCAAGCGUAAACUCAUGGAGGAAGGCAAGGAGUUUCCCCAGUUUGCAGACUUUGGUAAACGAGCAGGGGAACUCUGGAGAAACAUGGGUGAUGUAGAAAAGCAGAAAUUUGUUGAGCUUUCUGAACAAGACCGCCAAAGAUAUAUUAAAGAUAUGAAGGAGUACGAAGAAAGAAAGUUGGCAGAAAAGGAACGGGAACGUGAGCUUCAGCAACAGAGAGAAAAGGAGUUACAAGUCCUGAGAGAAAAAGAAUUGGAGAAGUUACAAAAACAACAACGAGAACAGUUAGAGCAGCAGCAGAAGCAGCUGGAACAUCAUCAAAAACAACAACAGCAAAAUCCAAAUGCAGGUAUAAUGAAUAUGUUGAAUCCUUUAAGCCCUUUGAAUCCACUAAUGAUAGCUGCAAUGAACCAGACUCUAAUGCAAACCAUGUUAACGAACCCUGACCUCAUGAAAACUGUUUAUUCUGAAGCGGCUAGAAAUUACUACGUAGAAACACUGAAGAAUAUUUAUCAGAAUAUGGGUUCAACACAACACAAUGGUAACAGUGUCCCGGUCAGUACCAGUGGAGCUCAUGGAGGAGUAUUAUCUGACCAUCAGAGUCCAUUGUCGUCGAGUCCUCUUGCUGCAAUGGGUAUGAAUUUGAACUUACUGUCCUUGUUAAACUCUGGUCAGUUAUCGGCUGUGCCCACUUCCACCACUUCAACUGUGAGUUCCCCCCAAGCCAAGACCCCUUCGUCCCUUAAGGUAGCCCCCUCACCUCUCCUAGGCAGCUCCAACAGCCUAGCCGCAGCUGCUCUGGACCUCUCUGCAGCAAGGCCAAGUGAGGGCAAGGGUGCCUAUAGUAGCGAUGAAGAAAACUACUAGAUACAUAAAAAACAAGGCUGUGUAGUAGAUUUCACAAAGAGGUAACCAAGGAAACCGAAUGUGAAAUUUGAGACACAACAAACCCAAAGUAGCUAAAGUUCCUAUCUCCAGUCAUUACUUCCCAAAUACCAUUCAAGCUGCACUUUAUAAAACACAAGUAAACACAACCAAGAGACCUAUACUUUGCCUAUAUGAGUGUAGUUUGUAAUGUGCAAAUCUUAGAGUGAGUUAGCUUCUGUAGAACGUCUGUGUUGUUCAGUAUACUAAAAAAAAAAGAUAAAAGUACAAUUGCCUUUGAAAGCCACGUAAAGUAUUAUGCAUGCAAUUGAAUUUUCAUAUUGAAAGAAACUCCCAAGUGUGAGUAAAUUAGGUGGGAUUGAAUAUUAUUGUGAAUUGGCCUGGCUGUGAUGAAAUGAUGCUUGUGGAGAAUCUGUUUAUUCUUCCAGCAAGUUUGUAGGAGGAGGAGGACAAUUCUACGCUGCACACACAUACGUACUGAGAUUAGCUUUAGAAACAUAGUAACUUUAUUGAACCUUGUGAGUGAUUUUCUUCACUGGAGAGUGCAGUGGUUGUUAUUCUUUGACAGUGUAGAAAAGAAGAGCAGUUAUUUUGUUUCAACCAUGGAUAACACAGAUGUUGCUUCAAAUCUCAGCUUACAAGAAUUUGUUAGUAACAACGGAGAUUUUACCAUCUAUUACCAGCUUUUGAACCUAACUGGAAGUGUUUACAUCUGGGUAGGGACUGAGCAAGGCAAUUUAGCUGGUCUUGUAGCAGCCCUGGGUUCUCGGGUUGGACCACUUGCAGCAUCAACACUUCUAGGACCACUUGGUGCACAGAGUCAUGAAGUAUCUCAGCUUGCACAGAGACUUCAGAGACGAUGCAACCUGCAGAUAUUGUUGAGUGUUAAUUUGCCAACUGAUGAUCUUAUACCUCACGUAGAACAACGUCUACUCGAGGAACUCUGUGUUGCAUGAAGGCCAAGGCUCCACAAUGAUAUGCCAGUAGAUUUUCUUUCAUUUUGUAUCCAGUCACAUGAUUGUUACUAUUAAUAAUAGUUGUGCCCAUCUACUGAAGAGUUCAUUCUUAGAAUAAAAAUAUAUUGAAAUUGCGACAUUGGAAUUAUCAUCUUAACACUCAUUAGAUGAAGCACUUAAAUUUAUAUUUAUAUUAUAUAAAUGGUAUUAAUAUACAGUAUGAUAGAGAAAUUUUUAUUACAUAUUUUAUAGUGUCUUCCUUCUACUGAAAUGGCUGUGAGUCUUGGCCUUUAUGCCUGUGGUUAACAUGAAAUAUUCUUGUAGGUUUGUGGUUAAUUAUUGAAACCUGGACAAGUAAGGGUAAUAGCAGCCGUGAAAGCAAAGCCUUCAAAAUAUAUAUUUGAAGAUACUUUUCAUAUUCAGAGCUUUCUUUAAAUAUCAAUUUGAACAUUAAUAUUUACUUUACAAGCUUAAAACUGUGUUUUGUUUUUCACUGUCUUUUUUUUCAUCUUGCAGUGCAUUGUAUGUAUACAAAAAAGUUCUAAAAUGGUUGCUGUAGGGUUACACUGAAAGGCAGUGCUCUCUAAGUUGAUAGAGUACCAGGAAAAAUACCAUCUUAUGAAAUCUGUAAUUGGAAGUUGUUUGUGAAAACUUAGAUAUUUUGUAAACAUUGGCCUGGUUAAAUGCUUCAGUAUCACAAGCCCUACACUGAAUUGUGAAGAAUAACAGUUGUCAAGAAGUAAAAAGUUUUAUUUGUAUCUUUUUCAAUUAAACUUUAGCCCUGAAUAUGAAACGUUUUUCAGGUACGUAUUGACACUUGAAUGAUUAUAGCUUCCUAUUAUCGAGGUUGUUUGUUUUCCUUACAAGCUAUGUUGUUUUUAGCCAGAUUUUCAUUGCCAGUGAAUAGAUGAAAUUUCUGCAUUCACUAGUUUAAAAAGAAGCAGUUCAGUGCACUAAACCAGAGAGAGAGAAACUGCUCACUUUGCAAUCGGAUUGACCUUGUAUGCACUGGCUAGCCUACUUUUAAUAUACCAUUCAAUAAGAUAUAUUGACAUGUGUUCAGCAGUAUUUUUGCCAUGAAACAGCUCUCUCUCUCUUUUUCUUGAUUGAGGAUGUUUCACUGCAUUGCCUUCACUGCAUGUAGCUUUCUAAGGUGUUCUUCUUAGAUGAAGAAACUUGAUGAUUGCACAACUGUUAAAAUAUAAAUGAAGAAGUCCACAAAGUUUUUGGUGGUGCAUACAAGUGAUAAAUGAAGGUAUGAUAUUCCAGUGUACUAUAUCAGGGUAGAUAUUAAGUUCCUCUUUAUUUUUACAAGUGCUUUUUUUUGUAAUCCUUUAUAGAGGUAUUUCCUUUUUUUAUUUUUAGAAGUUUGUAUAUUUGUCCUAUGCAAUAGGUGGAAUUUAACCAGCAGUCUUUUUGCUUCCCAAUUUUGUAGUUACUACCUCACAGGUGAUAGAUUAAUUAAAAGACAUUCCCUGUAGCCCGUGACUCAUUAGGCAGCUCAGGAAACACAGGGGAAGCUGCUGGAGGAGCAAUGCCAUAUUGUAUUUCCAAGUAUGAUUCUCUUAACAGUUGUUCUUCAGUGUGAUGCAACCAAGAGGUCUUCGUUAUUGUUUCCUUGAGAAUGUGUGAGUGACAAUCGUGGUUUCUUAAGUGAUUUUUGUACUUUAGGUUGACUCUACUUUAUGCGACUCCAUUCAUUUAUAGUAAGAAGAAAUAACUAUAUCGACAUAUGAUUGAUAUCAAAUUUAAACAUUAAAAGUGUCAGUGCAUGCUUAGACACUGUUGUACUUAUAAUGAAGGAUUUUAUUUAUUCUAUAUAUAUAUAAUAUAUGUAUGCAGUAUUAUUUCAUUGUCUUACUUAGGAAGGUAAUGUGUUCUGUCAUAAAACAAUAAUGGAACUUUUGGAUGGAAUUUUUGAAAAGGGCUUUGCUUGGCCAGCAGCUUCUGCCAUCCAUCAUAACUCUCAUUAUCAGAUCUCCUCUGCCAUAUGUAAAGCCCCCCCCCCAUGCCACCUCGCAGCUUUUAGACAGUCGGUGCUGGUUUGGUUGUCUGGAGAUUACUGCAUGAUAUUCAAUAAUAUUAGUGUUCAAAACUUGCAAGAAUAAAUUUUGCAUCUUGAAAAAGUAAAUAAUUUUACAUGACAGGGUUGUUGCUGUUUCAUUUAUUGCAAUGUCAUGCUGUGUCUACAAUUUGUGCCAUGUUAAGGUUUGUUAAAAGACCUUGAGGUGUGAUAUUUGGAAAUUUGAUGUGCCUGGGGACCAAUCAUUAGGGAAAGAAUGUAUAAUGUAAUUUCAAGAAUUUUCUAUUAAGUACUUUUAUUCAAGAUCUCUUUAAGACCAAUUUUUAAAUUUGUAAUUCAUUAAGAUGGAUCUUGCACUGGUUUGUUUUUAUAAUUAAUUCCAUGAUUGGCCUCCAAUCCCAGCACUGCCUGUCUACAUGGGAUGUCUUGGUGCUCCUUUCAAAAGUAAUGUAAUGUUUUGUAUUUUAUUUUAUUUAUAUUUGGCAAACAGGUGCACUCAAGAUAUCUGUCCCCAAGCUUAACAGUGUAGUCCUGAUAAUGCCUCAGGGUAGAGGGUUCGCUCCCCGGUUUUGUGGGUCCUAUGUUGAGGCCUCCUUUGACUCACGCACAAGUGAUAGUUAGUCUAGUUUAUUUGGGUACUAAAUAUUUAUACUAACAUUUUUUUAUAGAAACAUUUUAUAUCAAGCAGUAGUAGUUGUAUCCAGUGUACAGUACUUUGCUUGGAAAUGGCUACACCCACCCACAUCAUGAAGAUGUAGUAGAGGUUGUAGCAGUUACUAAGACAAUCAAUAUUUUUUUCCCUUAGGUUUUAUCAGUUUAAAAGAAUUUGUGGUCAAAGUGUGAUAGGGAACUGUUAAAUCAUAUAAUUUCUAGUGAAUGUGCGAGAUGCUCUAGGAAGGCCUAGGUAGCCAAGAGCUGCCGAGAAGUCGUGAUAGUGUUGAUAUGCUAGUCUGACGGCGGGGAGCGUAGCCUCCGUCCCAAACCCACCCUUCUACCUCCUGACCCGUGUUAAUGCCCCAUCAGUCACUCCUGCCUGCAGAUACACUGCUCAAAAUCCUAAACAGUCUCUUGUAUGCUGGUAUUGAAGAUUUGUUCUUUGUGAUGGGAGCAGGUGUACAUUGCAGUGCUGUGAGCACUCUGAAUCUGCAUGCAGUCCAGUGAGAAUACUUGUUCUGCUGUGUAUGUAGAAGAUGAGACCAAACCAUUCCUACCAGAGCCCAGUCCCAGCAAGGACUGGUGCAGCCAUGUCGCAACCCAAGUUCCUCGCCUAAACAGGUUCCUCUCCCCCUCUAGCACAUCCCCACCCCUUGAGCUCCAUCUGUAUAUUAUAUUAUUUUUAUUUUGCAGACCCUCUCCUCAGCCUUUUGUAUGAUAAGCAGGUGAUGCCAGAUUACAGUCAGUGAUUAGACAACUGCUGUGGAAUUACUUGUAACUCUUUCUGUCUCCUGCCCUCCAUCUUUCACAACUUGAAAUUUAUGCAUAUAUAUUCAGUUUUUGCUUUUAUUUCUUGUAAUUUAUAAGAACAGUAAUUCCACAGUUAUCCUUUGUCUAAAUUGUCUUAUGAUCAUUUAGACAGUUGUCUGUGUGAAUGCAUGAAUGGUAUACACAUUAUUUUCAUAAUGGCUUACACUAAAUUCUGUUAAGGUUAUACAUAGCCAAGUAUUAUACAUUCCUUUACUUAUAGACAAAAAGUAAAGUGCAAAAAUUAUUUAGUCUUUGAGACUCUUAAAAGAGAUUAAACUCUUUGCUAUGCACAAGUUAACCUUGCACAUUGGAGCAUUUGGCACAAACUGUCGAGGUUGGAGAGUUGUCUCCUGUGAUAGGCAUUUGUUUUUUCAACUAAUGUACUCGCAUGUGCGUGCCAUGGAAACACUCACUUGGUGAGGCAAAGCCUUGGCUGUGGUUGUGAGUUGCAGGCUGGGACCUGAAGUGUCAUGUUCUUCAAGUUGGUUAAUGACUACAUUAAUAUGAAUGAUACAGAAAACUCGUGUGAAUAAAAAGUAGUAUUCUCAACCAACUAGGACACAAGGUCCCAAGCUUCUCACACCAGAAGGGCCCCCAGCACAUGUGCCCAAGGGCCCACCCAUUAUGCAAAUGUAUUUUAAAUUAAGCAAAGCAAUAUUAUGAUUUUUUUAUUGCUGUUAUUGGGGAAAAUGGUUAUCUUGUGAAUUUUGACCUAAAAAAAAUAGUAAUCAUUUUGUACAUGGUAACAGAUGACUUUAGAUGCUGAAAUUAUUCACUAGGAAAUUCUGUGCUAUUUUUAGAGAGUCUCUAGUUUGUGUACUUUGUUAUAUAUCUGGAUGAUGUAGUCUUGUAUGAGAUAUAUGAAACGGUAGGGAUUAACUUCAAAGUGUCGUGAUUAUAUUUAGUAUAGGAGGAACAUGGUAGGGAAUAGACAGUACAGUAUAGUCAGUGCUGAACUGAUAUAUAUGCAACGUGUAGUUUGAAAUACUCAAAAAAAAAUUAAAAUAAAAGAUGAGAUCAGAAUAA